AUGGAUGAUCUGUCGACCAUCAGAGCCUCUGCUUUGGAGAAGCUUGCGGCAUUAGCAGUCAAGAAACCAGAAUGCGGAAGCGACUCUGAUAUAGCACGGCUCGCUCAGCAGACGCUACCCUCGGCCUAUCAGUCGAACGAUACCCUCAAUAGUAUCUUACAAACCCAAGCCCCUACAUCACGGGUGCCUAUGGGCAUGAGAGAGCUCGAUGUACUUGUUGCUUUAUGUAAAGCAUCUCCUUCGGUGACAAAAUUCGAGCAUGCCUCAAGACUAGCCUCACUGUUAUCUCAGUACCUGCCCGAGUCCCAUAGUCAACUUUUCCGCCCUUCACCAUUCAUGCAUAAUGUGAAACCUUCCCCUUGGGAGAAUCUCACUCAUAACCUUACACUGGCUCUCCUCUCGCUGGGUUCAAGCUACCCAUCAUUACAUGAUGCCGUGGUUGGUGCUUUUAACGGAUAUUUGCACAAUUGUGCAGAGGCUAUUAAAGCAGUGGCACCUCUUCAUCGCUACCAUUCGGAAGCAAAUAGAAAUGAUGCUGAAUUUGAGUCUUUUGGCGUGCUGUCAGUAUCCGUCUCCCUCGUUGGCUUCUUGGGAGCUGCGGCCGAGUUUACUUCAUUCUUGUCUGCCAGUGAGAAGCUACAAAUAGUCAACAAAUUGCGAUCCAUGCUUUGUGAACAGUUUUUGGUUGCCGUGGAGACCGCCUCGUCGACUGUGCGGAAUGCAACAUUGCCCGAUAAUCUGCUUAGGGAGUGGAGAAAAUAUACUCGCCGUUAUGAUGCUGAUGGACGUCCUUUAGGGGCCAUGCUACUACAAGAGGGAUUUAUGAAAUUUGUCAAGGCAUGUGUCACAUCUCUGGUCGGAGCACAUGGCUUAUCGGAAGAUGAAUUCUUGCACGGCUGCUUGAAUUACACGGGCAUCGCUAGGAGUCCCGACGAUGGUGAGAUUGCCCUUGUUCAUCGUGUGGCAGCCAUCAUCGCCGAAGAAUUUCAGCUCCUCGAAGAUGGAUCAGAUUAUCUACAACUUGGCUCUCCUUGGCAGCAGCGGCUUGCAUUCUCUAUGAAAGCUCUGGCGUUAAUCGGAUACCUUUCCUGUAUUAUCGUGUGUGAGGAUACGACGAACAAGGACGAAUUUCUUUCCUGGCUAGAGGACACACUUGUGGACCCAAACCAAAUGGCACAGGCAGAUUUAGCAACAGCUGCUCUGAGAAGCAUGGCGAUCAUCUCGCAGGCUUCUGUGAGCGUCGCAUCCUCAGGAAGCCGCUCUCUCCUGAGGUUUAUUGUCGACGGUGGUGCGCCGACCGGGUAUACCGGCUCCGUUGCUGGGAGAUGUCUUGCACAAAUUCUUGGUGUUCUUUCCCAAGACGCCGUCAUCACUACUCUUUACUCAUUAGGGAACGUUCUGAGCUCCGGAUCAAGCACUGAAAAAUCGUAUCAAAGCCACUUGCUGGGAGAUACUGCGGUUCAUGGGGGUGCAUCUCUCCCGUUUUCAACGAUAAGAACUGGCAGUGUGGUUUCCUUCUCAGCUGAUGGCGAAGCAAAUAAUCUAUCGUAUAAGAAUGUUGUCCGGGCUAUUGUAACGAUUGCCACUAGCUGCAAUGAUGAGAAAAUAGGCGCCUUGGCACAGUCCAUGUUGCUACAAAAAAUUGGGAGGGUGAAUGCUACCAUCGAUGCUUUUAUCAUCACAGAGACGGCUGCCAUAUCAUUGAGCACUGGGCAAGCUGAGUUUCAGCUUCUACUCAAGUUCUACGAUCGAGCAUACCGAGACGGUGUUGCCAGAGCUUAUAGCGGUGUUAUUGCUGCUGUUAAGAGCGCCUUGACAUAUCUCUCUGUCACACUGAAAAGAGAUUCACCGUUAUACAAUGUAUAUUUGGUUCACUUGCUGGAGAAUAUUGUGAACAAGGGUGAUGCUACCGAUCUCGAUAAUGAGCGACAAAAGGAGCUUGCUCUUGCAGCUGAUGAAAUCAGCCCUCUUUUAAGACCUCUAGCUUUGCUCGUCUCUUCCGAGGAAAGUCAGCUGGGAAAUGCACAGAUAGUUGCAGAUUACGACCAGGAUGUGUCUACUUUGUUCCGUGACGCAUGGUUUAAUAUCGCGGUACAUGGAAUAUCUAUCCACUCAGCUGUCGGCCAAAGUCAUUUCGAAGAGUUGCGCUUGCUCGCAAAGCACUCACCACCCCUUGUCUCCGAAGCUCGUAUGGAGGCGACUGAAAGCGAUGUUGAGCUAAAUACGAUCCUUAGACGUGGAAUGAGCUCGCAACGACUUUCGGAGCAAAAGCGCGACCUGAUUACUGAGCUCCCUGGUCAUGAAGCUGAAGUAAAGCGCUUAAGUUAUCCACAGGUCGUCUUUCUCAAUGCUACACUUUUGGUCGAAAAUCUUCGUGCCUUAACCGGAAAUUGUACCAGAUUCCUCGAUUACUUCCGCGACCCGGUCUUAGCCACCGCAGAAAUGGCUAGUUGCAUGGGUGCUAUUGCGGAAAAGAUAGUGGCUUGUUACCUCUCAUUAACGCUUUCCGGGAAGUAUGAAGAUUUCUCUGCCCCGUUCUUAUCAAGAGAACUAGCUGGAUUUUUCAUUGCUUGCAGUCAUCGUGUUGAAAGGGUACAGAAUGUCGCUGUGCUUUGUGCUAACAAGGUCAUAAAUGUGUGUCCAUCAUCCCUGUGUGAAAAGCACUCGCUAUUUGCUUUACUCGAACUCUUGACGGUCAUGUGGCGUUCAUGUUUGGAAGGAGAACUAGACGAGUUCGAAUGGAACCCUUCAUUUACCUCACCCACGGGAAUGGUCAAGGCCGAUCUACCCGAUAACUAUAAUUUUAGAAAAAGGACAUUGGAUGUUUUGCUUGAACGAUCCAAGGCCUGGGUAGCGGCAGCCAUGGAUAUUGCACCUCUGGAUAUCAAAGGCCUGCUUCAGACAUAUCUGUCCCUUUCUGAUGAUCAUGCUGGGUACGGCAACAUCCUGUUGGGGCGCUCAUUUGCACUUGAAAUGGGGUCACUCAUUCCGAGCAGUGAUCAACGGCUUGGCUCUAUCAACAUCCAUGGCAUUAGUAAGAUAAAUGUUGCCUCCGAUUUUAUUUCUCAAUACUCCACACGUCAAAAUUACCGGACUUUAUAUGCACAGAGUGGUUCCUCAAGGAACCGAAUGAUUAGGUUCAGUGCCCCCCUUGCUGCAAGUGAAGCCAUGGAGAGCACGCUAUGCCAACUCUCCGCACAGAUCAGAUCAGGUGACGCUGUCCCUAUUGUUGAGGUUCGAGAUAUGCUGCGACAAGCUGCAGGCCUUCUGUGCAGUGAUAACGACCCUUCUGCCUUCCUUGCUCAGUACUUAGUUCAGCUACCCUUCCAGAUAUUCUCGAAGGAAUCGAUGGAUAUUGGCAUAUCUCUCUGGCUGGGUGUAAUGCAUGAGAACCCAAGGGUAGAAUCCAAAAUCUUAGUGGAAGUCAUUGGGGCUUGGGAGAGGUCAAUCCAACGUCGCAGGGGGCUAUUUGACCCGUCUUGCAACUAUGUGGAUCCAAUGUUCGCCAAAAUCGACCUUCUUCCCAGUGAUAAGGCUCUAAUGGUCAAAAACCAACAAAAGGCCCAGAGUGCCCUAACACCGCAUUUCCGGGUCCUGCAAUUCUUUGAAAGUCACUUCGCUGCUGUUAGGUUGGGAAACUCCCAGGUCCAAUCACUUUUCUGUCGUCUUGUUGAUAAGACGAGCGUUGCUUUUGUGCAAGCCAGUGGCCAUCCACUAGCCAGGGAACUGCACUUCCGUAUUGUUCUAUUCUGUCUAAAAGUGUUGAAGAACACAAGGUUCCCAGAUCAGAACCUUGUGUGGAAGCUCAAAGAUCAGAUUCUGUCAGCUGCCUUAGUUUGGUUUAAGCAUCCACCCAGAUGGUCAUUUGGAGGCAAUCGGUUACAAAUCAAGGCCGAAGACAGGAUACUCAGCGAUGUUGCUUCUGCUCUUGCAGACGUGGCUGGUAUUGCUUGUCACACUCACAGCUCCCCCAAGACGCUCCAGGCAAGACAGGAGCUUGUCCAGCUUCUUCUUGAAGACGAGAGGUCACGUCUCAGAGUCUGGCUCUACCCCUUGGAGCCAGAUCGAAAACAUCACAUGACACAGUUAGCUGCGGUCAGAAGUUUUACAGAGGAUGCCACAAAUCUACUGCGUCUUGCAUGGGCUGAAGCCCCCGGGUUGGCCAUACAUCUUUCCACCCGCUUCCCGUCUACGAAGCUGAAGAACGACAUUCGCUGGCUGGUGCUCAAUUUUUCGGAAAAGGCUAUUGACGAGCCCAGUGCGCUCGAGAUCUUGUUUGGGUCGACCCUUCCUGCCGAUGUCCACACACAACUGAAGUAUCUUCUAUACUGGGCCCCUGUGAAUCCUACUGAAGCCCUGACUUACUUCCUUCCCGCCUAUGGAAAUCAUCCCUUCAUACUACAGUAUGCGAUGAAAGCUCUUGAAAGCCAUUCCGUUGAUGUUCGCUUCUACUUCGUUCCACAGUUGGUUCAAGCUUUGCGAUAUGAUGCUCUGGGCUAUGUCGAACGAUAUAUAUUGGAGACAGCUAAAUUAUCUCAGUUAUUCGCACACCAGGUGAUAUGGAAUAUGAAAGCCAAUUCCUAUAAGGAUGAGGAUUCUCAGAUUCCGGAUCCUCUUAAACCAACAUUGGACGGAUUCAUGGAUACCUUGGUUUCAAGCUUCACAGAUGAGGAGCGUGGGUUCUAUGAAAAGGAGUUUUCUUUCUUCAAUGAAAUCACUGGUAUUUCUGGAAAGCUUCGACCCUACAUCAAAAGAAGUAAGGCAGAGAAGAAGGAAAAAAUUGAGGAAGAACUCCGCAAAGUCAAGGUGGAAGUGGGUGUAUAUCUCCCAAGCAACCCAGAUGGUGUUGUUGUUGGAAUCGAUCGCAAGUCCGGCAAACCGCUCCAGAGUCACGCAAAAGCGCCGUAUAUGGCGACUUUCAGGAUUCAAAAAACAAGGGCAUCAUCGGAUGAUGACAAAGCCGCCCAAGAAGUCGGUGACCACCCUCCAGAUCGGAGUCAAGAAACCUAUGAAGUAUGGCAGUCAGCCAUUUUCAAGGUUGGUGACGAUUGCCGGCAGGACAUGUUGGCUUUACAGAUGAUUGCCGCUUUCCGGGGCAUCUUCACUAGCGUUGGCCUUGAUGUGUGGGUGUUCCCAUAUCGAGUAACUUCAACGGCUCCUGGUUGUGGUGUCAUCGAUGUACUUCCGAAUUCGAUCUCGCGCGAUAUGCUGGGCCGCGAGGCAGUAAACGGCCUGUAUGACUACUUUAUCUCAAAGUACGGCGGUGAGGAGUCGAUUCGCUUUCAGGAAGCACGCACAAACUUCGUAAAGAGUAUGGCCGCUUACUCUGUCAUCUCCUAUCUCCUGCAAUUCAAAGACCGACACAACGGAAAUAUCAUGAUUGACGACGCCGGUCACAUCAUACACAUUGACUUCGGGUUCUGUUUCGAUAUUGCACCAGGAGGCGUGCGGUUCGAGCGCGCGCCCUUCAAGUUGACAUCUGAAAUGGUUGCUGUGAUGAGCGGUACUCAGCAUACGCACACGCAUGCGAGUAACAGCUCCGGCAGCGGACUAAGUCUCCCCGGCGGUGGCUCCUAUAGUCCUACCAACACGCAGCCUUAUAGGUGGUUUGAAUCCCUGGUGGUGAAGGCAUUCCUUGUUUCCAGACCAUACAGUUCUAAGCUGUCUCACAUUGUGUCGUUAAUGCUUGAUAGUGGCCUGCCCUGCUUUAAGCCCGAUACGUUGAAGAACUUUCGUGAUCGGUUUGUACUUGAAAAGACCGAAAGAGAAGCGGCCGAGUACAUGCGGGAGCUCGUCCGCAAGUCAUACAUGAGCGUUUCAACAAAGGGAUACGAUCAAUUCCAAUUGUUGACAAAUGGCAUCCCAUAUUGA